AUGGAGCAGAUCGCCAUCUCUGAGGGCCCUGCCAGUCGUCCCUACGCGGCAGAGCUGGCUGUCUCUUGGCAGCAGCAGCGGUUGCUGCCUUUGCAGAAGUCUCUCUUGCUCGAGAUUGAGAAGCUCUCCAAAGACAAGGCAGCUGCUGAGGCGAAGGCUCUGAAGCUGCAGGCACAGCUGAAGGCCUCUCAGGACAAGGCUGCUAAAGCUCUGGAGAACUCUGCCAAGCUCUCGAAAAGGGCCAAGCAAGCUGCAGAGAAAGCUCUGCACGAGAACUCUAUGUACUUUCACUGGAAGGAUCUCUCCAAGGGCUCUAAAGACAGCGUGGCGCUUCUCGCGAAGACGGGCCUGGGACGGUGCUCUCGGUGCCGCUGGGUCACCAAAUGCCUCUCUUGCGACGCUGAGCAUCUUUUCAACAAUCUCUACAAGAAAGAGGCGUCUAAGAAGGGCAAAGUGCCCUCUCUCUCAGGAGCUUCGGGAAAUUAG